AAGUGCGGCCCCGACCUCCGCGCAAACGGCGGGCCUCACCUGGGCUCCAGGAAGAGGCGCCCCGGGCCCGGGAGGUCUGGUCCCGCUCGUGCCCUCGUCUCCGCGUUCUCCGCCAUCCAGUUCCGAGACUCCCCCUCCUCUGCCGCUGCGCCCGCUUUCUGGUGGGUGGGCGCUUCUUUCCGCGACACUUUGCAGACGCUCCCCUGCGCUGGGCAUGGGCGCCGCCACUGCCGUCGGUCCCGGGGCUGGAGUCCGUGCCCCGUGCCCCCAAGGACUCAACUGCUGGGUCUGCCAGAAGCCUCGAUAUGAAUGACAGAAACAACCAUAGGCGGACAAUGAAGGAUGAAGAGACUUUUGAGAUCUCCAUUCCCUUCGAAGAGGCACCCCAUUUAGACUCACAGAUCUUCUAUAGUCUGAGUCCCUCACGGAGAAAUUUUGAGGAGCCUCCAGAGGCCACCUCCCCAACCCUGGCCCUGAUGAACAGUGUUAAGACCCAGCUGCACAUGGCACUUGAGAGGAACUCGUGGUUGCAGAAGCGCAUUGAGGACCUGGAGGAGGAGAGGGACUUUUUGCGGUGUCAGCUGGACAAAUUCAUUUCCUCUGCCCGGAUGGAUGCAGAGGACCACUGCCGGAUGAAGCCUGGACCUCGGAGGGCUGAUGGGGACAGCCGGGCUGGGGUUGGGGGAGAAGCCUCAGACCCUGAGUCAGCAGCCUCCUCCUUCAGCGGGUUGUCCGAAGAGGGAAGUGCCAGUGAAAGGAAGAGGCAGAAGCAAAAGGGAAGUGCUGGCCGGAGGAGAUUUGGGAAGCCCAAGGCUCGAGAGAGGCAACGGGUGAAGGAUGCUGAUGGGGUCCUGUGCCGCUACAAGAAGAUCCUGGGCACCUUCCAGAAGCUGAAGAGCAUGUCCAGAGCUUUUGAGCACCACCGUGUGGACAGGAACACCGUGGCGCUGACCACGCCCAUCGCAGAGCUACUCAUUGUGGCUCCCGAAAAGCUGGCUGAGGUGGGAGAGUUCGAUCCAUCCAAGGAGCGCCUGCUAGAGUAUUCCCGCCGCUGCUUCCUGGCACUGGACGACGAGACUCUCAAGAAGGUGCAGGCUCUCAAGAAGAGCAAACUGCUCCUGCCAAUCACCUACCGCUUCAAGCGGUGAUGCCGCCGCCCCAUACACCUCCCUGCCCAGCAGAGUGCCAGGCCUGGUUUCCCCGGGCGCCGCCAGGGCUAGAAGCUGCCCUUCGAGAGCACUAGGCCCGGUCUCUCGGCCGCACACGUUAGGCACCCCACCUCCAUUUCACUCCGCAAGGGCUGCCAGCUCUGCCUCCCUAGCCAGGAGUAGCCCAUCUGCAUCCCACGCGAAGACAGAGCAUUAUUCUGAGAGUUUAAAUUAAAGAGACAUGAAAAUUUUCAAUAAA